AUCGUCCUGCUCCAGUUGCAAAGUCUCCAAGGACCCUCCUGGACUCCUUCUCCCCAGACCCCUGGAAGGAGUGUGAUGCCCCUCACCCUCCUGCUGCUGCUCUGGGGGCCCCUGGCCCUGAUGGAGACCCGGGCGGGCUCCCACUCCCUGAGGCUUUUCUACACCAUGAUGUCCCGGCCCGGCCCCGGGGAGCCCCGCUACAUCGCCGUGGGCUACGUGGACGACACGCAGUUCGGGCGGUUCGACAGCGACUCUCCGGGCCAGAGUGCGGAGCCGCGGGCGCCCUGGGCGGGGCAGGUGGGGCAGGAGGACCUGGACGAGGAGACUCAGAACCAAAGGGACAACGCGCAGUGGCUCAAAGCGCUCCUGAGGGACCUGCGCGGCCGCUACAACCAGAGCGAAGGAUGUUUGGCUGUGAAGUGA